UGUUAAAUGUAAUUCCAAAGUUAGCGGUGCUUUCACCGUCGCCUGGUGGUGGUAGCAGCUCAAACAACCUAUCGAUAAGGGCGCUGGAGCCGACGACACCCACCGAGCCCGGAUAGGCGAUUAGAGCUUCUUCCCUUCAAACCGUAGUCCCCCUCUCUGGCCGGCCCCAAUCAAUAUCUACAGCUCGGCCAUGGCGAGUUGGGAGAGCGCCGAGCGCCAGGAAGAGGUGGUGGAGGAGGCGAGGGUUUGCAUCAACAAGGCCCUCACUGACGACGAGCUCCGAGCGGUGCUGGCAAGGCUGGAGAGGGAGGAGGAGAAGGACACGUUCGGCCUCGUCUGCAAGCGCUGGCUCCGGCUCCAGAGUUCCGAGCGGCGCCGCCUCCGGGCCCGGGCCGGCCCGGCCAUGCUCCGCCGGAUGGCCGACCGCUUCUCCAGCCUCGUCGAACUCGACCUCUCCCAGUCCGUCUCCCGGUCCUUUUACCCCGGUGUCACCGACUCCGAUCUCUCGGUUAUCGCCACCGGGUUCCGGGGCUUGCGAAUUCUUAAUCUCCAGAACUGUAAAGGUG